GAUAAGCUGAGUCAGUUUCUGACUUGCAGCAUUUGCUACUUAAAACUGGCAUGCAAUAACAAAAGGCAACUGGCAGAGCAAAACACUUACUGAUGCCUGCACGACCACAACUAUAGGAUCGAGUGUCCUUGCUGCUGUGAUCCAAAAUCAAACAAGAUAAAGAAGGAGGGUUUUUUCAACAGGAGGUUUCGUCAUCUCUUUUCAGAGAAGAAAAGAUGUUUAAUACUCUUGGACUCAUUUGCAUGAUUUGGUGGUAUAUGAUGUUAUUUCAUCCCCUGCAUGCUGACAUCCAGUGUACGGGGCCAAAGGCACAAGAAUCAGCUAUUAGAAACAUGAAAAUAAACUGGAGAACUGGAGAACUGGAACUGUCCUGGAACAGCAGUAAGAAUUUCAUUACAUACAAAUGUACCACCGAGGACAAGAUAACAGAAAUUCUACCACAAGAGGUGAAUAGUUCGGUAUGCAGUUUUGCAAAGGAACAAUACAUUCUGCACAAAGGGGUACUCUGUAUCAUUGAAGUGCCAAACACAAACAUCUCAAAAAACUUCACCUUCAUCCCUGGAGGCGUGAAUGGGUCGGCCAUUGAAAAUUUCUCCUGUGUGAUUUAUAAUGUUUCCCUCAUGAACUGCACUUGGCAGGCAGGCCGGGAAGCUCCGGGAGAUACCCAGUACUUCCUCUACUGGCAGUACUCAGGACCUAAUGACACAAAGGAAUGUGAGCUUUACAUUAAAGACAAAAAUGGCAGAAACAUAGGAUGCAGAUUCGAAAAUGUGACGACAAAGCCAGGAAGUUCUUACAUCCUGGUGAAUGGCUCUAGCAAUGUCUCCCAGAUCCAGUUCUAUGAUACGUGCAUUGACCUAUAUGAAAUCGAAAUACUCGCUCCUCCAUUAAAUGUUACUGCCAAAUGUACUAGAGAUUCAAGCUGCAUAAUUACAUGGCAACAACCCCUUAUAAGUUAUCCGAGAAAAGGGAAGUGUUUUGAGUAUGAAAUUGGGAUACAAAAUAAGGAUGAGCCCAAAGAAGGGAAGAAGGAUCCUCCUAUAAGGAACAACACAUACAUAUUCCAAAAUUACAAUAAGAAAAAAAAGUACAUUCUGAAAAUCAGAGCACGUGGAAUCAACUGUCUCCUAAGCUCAAACUGGGGGGAAUGGAGCGAACCCAUCGAGUUUGGUCAACCGAAAGAUUACUUUAUUUUUGUGAUUUUAUUUCUGAUAGCAAUUGGAACAAUCUCAGUGAUGUUGAUCCCUUAUUGUCUUUUCAAAAGGUAUUGCAGUUUCAAAAGCAUAUUUUCUCCCAUUCCACAACCAAAAGACAAAAUUAAUGCAUCAAACGAUGAAGAUAUGCAGACAGGAUACAUAAAUCUAAAAAAGAGUUGGACUGAGGAAAUAACUGUAGUUGAAGAGAUGACUUAACUUUCCCAAAAUGAAACAUGCUUGGAUUCCCCAACAUGAAAGAAAAUCCUGGAACAUCUUCACAACUAAGGAAUACUUCAAAGCACAGACUUGAACUGAAUACCAUCACCCAUAAAGCUAUUUGUCCCACAAAAAUCCACCUGACACGGAGCAGAUGAAAAAAGUGCAGAAAACCCAGUAAAAUCUGUUCUUUUCCCUUUGUUCAAAGCCAUAAUGCCUGGGAGCCAAGCUUUUCUGCCAACACCUGCUGUGAAAAGAUGCUUAAACCUUGCUGAAAUUUUCUUCAUAAUGUGAGACAAGGACUCUCAUCCGCAACACAGAAGAAACUUUGAAUUAUUUCCUAUCUUCAUUGCCAUGAUGCUGCUUUCCUCUGAAUAUGAUUUCCUACAGGAUUGCACAAGAAUGCCACAGUAGUUAAUUUUCCCACCUUAUCAUUUUUACAUACCUAAAGUAUUUCCUGAAGCAGAAACUAGCUAUUUGAAGUGUGUUUAAAACUGCCCUUCAACCUUGCAACCAAACAGUCACUGUACAUCCAAUAAACUUCAUGCAAAACAGAAAAUGGGAAAUAAAAUAAAGCUUGCCAAAAGUAACUAUUAAUGCUGGGCUCCCAGCUGGCCAUUUCAUGACCUCAGUACUUCCAAUGCCAGUGUGAAUAUCUGCAAUAUUAAUAUGGACUUAACUCACAUGGCUAUUAUUUAACUCUUCAAAAAAAUCCAGUGUAACAGUUGUGAGAAUUGAAAUAAAAUCUGUAAUAAGAUUUUUUAACUGUUUAAAUGUAAAAUUUCCUCACACCAAUGCCUUUUAUUUAUUCCCUUUGAAGUGUGCAAGCCCUAUUUCCAAUGCCUUUUAAAAAUAACAUAGGCUUUAGAUGCCAGUGUUUUCUUACACAAAUUCCAGAUCUUAUACUGUUAAAAAUAGUUUUCAAAAUAAAUGCAUUUUAACAAGCAACUGUUUCAAUAAGGCAGAAAACAAAUGCUUUUUUUAAAAGUCUCAUUUAUUGUUUGCCUCUUAUGUUCCCACACUGCAUAAUCAUACAUUGAAAAUUGCUGCUGCAUGACUAAGGGAAGCCACAUACUAAAAAAA